GCCGACUGUAUCAGCUCAAGAACAUAAUGUACAGAAUGGAUGUACAGGCGCUCACAUACGUCGCCUGACACACUGAGUCAUCAACAAGCUCUGACACUCCGAACCAUCAACUUUCCCCAGACCAGCUGAUCGCCUGGAUUGAACACGGACAGUAAAUCUGGAGUUAAAAGCUGUUUAAGCCUGGAUGCUACACUGCUAGCGAGCUUUUUAGCCUCUGCGGAGGUCAGACAGACUCAGCAGGACAGGAAAGAUGGGUGGCUGCGCAGAAGCUUAGCCGAGUCACGAUCAGACAGAUUUAACUGCUACUUUGAUCGCAUUUAACGGAGAGAGAAGAAAAUGCUGAAGUUUUAGGCGGUGCAUGAAAUAAACUCUGUCUGCGCAGGAUGAGGAGCCGCAGUAACUCAGGAGUGAGGCUGGACGGGUAUGCCAGGCUGGUCCAGCAGACCAUCCUGUGUCAUCAGAACCCAGUUACAGGACUUCUUCCCGCCAGUAUACAGAAGAAGGAUGCCUGGGUGAGGGACAAUGUGUACAGCAUCCUGGCUGUGUGGGGCCUGGGCAUGGCUUAUCGCAAGAAUGCGGACCGUGACGAAGACAAGGCCAAGGCCUAUGAACUGGAGCAGAGUGUGGUGAAACUGAUGCAGGGUCUUCUGCGGUGCAUGAUGAGACAGGUCGAUAAGGUGGAGAAGUUCAAACACACCCAGAGUACCAAGGACUGCUUGCACGCCAAAUACAACACAGCCACCUGCGGCCUGGUGGUCAAAGACGACCAGUGGGGUCAUCUCCAGGUGGAUGCAACCUCCAUUUACCUGCUGAUGCUGGCGCAGAUGACAGCCUCAGGUCUCCGAAUAAUCUCUAAUCUGGAUGAAGUAGCUUUUAUCCAGAACUUGGUUUUCUACAUUGAAGCAGCCUACAAAGUGGCAGAUUAUGGGAUGUGGGAGCGAGGAGACAAGACCAAUCAGGGGAUCCCUGAGCUCAACGGCAGCUCUGUAGGAAUGGCGAAGGCAGCUCUGGAGGCCAUCGAUGAGCUGGAUUUGUUUGGGGCUCAUGGAGGGCCAAAGUCGGUCAUCCACGUUCUUCCCGACGAGGUGGAACAUUGUCAGGCCAUCCUUUGCUCCAUGCUGCCAAGAGCCUCGACUUCCAAGGAGAUAGAUGCCGGUCUGCUGUCCGUUAUCUCCUUCCCUGCUUUCGCCGUGGAGGAUGCUGACUUGGUGGCCAUCACAAAGUCAGAAAUUAUAAGCAAACUGCAGGGUCGCUAUGGCUGCUGUCGCUUCAUCAGGGAUGGAUAUCACUGUCCUAAAGAGGAUCCGUCUCGACUGCACUAUGAUCCUGCAGAGCUCAAGCUGUUUGAAAACAUUGAAUGCGAGUGGCCCGUUUUCUGGACAUAUCUCAUCCUCGACGGCAUCUUUACAGGAGAUCAUGUGCAGGUGCAGGAGUACCGAGAGGCGCUGGAGAGUGUUCUAAUCAGAGGAAAGAACGGCAUCAAGCUGGUGCCUGAACUUUACGCCGUGCCACUCGACAAGGUGGAGGAGGAGUACAGUAACCCUCACAGCGUGGACAGACAGGCCAUGGGACAGCUUCCACACAUGUGGGGACAAUCCCUCUACAUCGUGGGCUCUCUUCUAGCCGAGGGCUUUCUUGCACCAGGAGAGAUCGAUCCUCUCAACAGGAGGUUCUCUACACAUUUCAAACCUGAUGUGGUGGUACAAGUCUGUGUUCUAGCAGAGUCAGAGGAGAUCAAGGAGUUGUUAAAAGAUGCCGGGGUUACGGUUCAGACGAUAUCAGAGGUGCUGCCUAUAAGAGUCAUGCCUGCUCGCAUCCUGAGCCACAUCUAUGUCAGACUGGGAAACUGCAGUAAGCUGAAUCUGAGCGGGAGGCCGUAUAGACACAUUGGAGUUCUGGGAACGUCCAAAUUCUACGAGAUCAGGAAUCGCUCCUACAUCUUCACCCCCCAGUUUUUGGAUCAGCAUCAUUUCUACCUUGCUCUGGACAACCAGAUGAUUGUGGAGAUGCUACGAACCGAGCUGGCCUACCUUUCGUCUUGCUGGAGGAUGACGGGACGGCCCACGCUCACCUUCCCCAUCACACACAGCAUGCUGGUUGAAGACGGUGAUGCCAUAGAUCCGUGUAUCCUAUCCACGCUCAGGAAGCUGGAGGAUGGUUAUUUUGCCGGAGCGAGGGUGCAGAUGUCAGACCUGGCCAGUGUCCAGACCACGUCGUUCCACACCUGCCUCACCUUCCUGGAUGAUGAGUGCGACGACAGUUUAUUAGAGGACCUAGAUGACGAUGAUAGUGAGGAAUACAGAGCAGAAUAUCACACGCCCGACUUGGGCUCUAAGGACCCCUUUGACCAGUACCUCACGCAGCUCCUUCACAGCAGUACAACCAAGUCCCAUUUACCUCCCAUCCAGAGGGACCAACACCACGUCUUCAGCCCCGAGCACACAACAAAGGACAUCCUGUCUUUUAUGGCUCAGGUCCAAGGCUUGAAAAUACCCAAGUCGUCCUUGUAUCUUCCUGUGACUCCGAUCACAAAAAAGCAUCGAAGAUCCCUGAACCUCCUUGAGGUCCCUGACCUACAGCCGAGCCCACAGGUGAAGCAGGUGGAGCAGCCUAAGCUCUGCAGUAUCUCGGAGCUGCACCUGCCACGAGACUCUCAGGGCAACUAUGAUUUUGCAGCACUGGUGAAUCAGAUAAAAGAGUGUCCCACUCUGCAGGACCAGGCUGACAUCCUCUCAAUCCUCUAUUUUAUGAAAGGAGGGGAUUGGGUGGUGGAGUUUUCGGGCCCCGGGCAGGGUGGGGUCAGUGUGCACUCGCUGCUGGAGGAACUGUACGUGCAAGCCGGAGCCUGCAAAGAGUGGGGGCUCAUUAGAUACAUCUCUGGAAUACUACACAAACGAGUGGAGGUCCUUGCAGAGGCCUGCACAGAUCUGAUUUCUCAUCACAAGCAGCUGACUGUCGGUCUUCCUCCUGAGCCCAGAGAAAGAGUGAUAGCCAUUCCGCUUCCUCCUGAGGAGCUAAAGGCUCUGAUAUAUGAAGCCAGUGGUCAGGACAUCAGCAUAGCUGUUCUCACUCAGGAAAUCAUGGUCUAUCUAGCCAUGUACGCGCGCUCCCAGCCGGCUCUCUUCGGAGACAUGCUCCGCCUACGGAUCGGACUCAUCAUGCAGGUGAUGGCCACUGAGCUGGCUCGCAGCCUGCACUGCUCUGGAGAGGAAGCGUCUGAGAGUUUAAUGAGUCUGAGUCCGUUCGACAUGAAGAACCUGCUGCAUCACAUCCUCAGUGGCAAAGAGUUUGGGGUCGAAAGAAGCAUGCGACCCAUCCAGUCUACUGCCACCAGUCCUGCAAUCUCUAUUCAUGAACUGGGCCACACAGGGGCCACAAAGACUGAACGCACAGGGAUUCAUAAGCUAAAGAGUGAGAUAAAACAUCUGGAUGGCUCCCGUCCUCUCAGUAUCUUCAGUGGCGGUCUUUCCUUGAAUAGCAAUGUAACCUCCCCUCGCUCCACGAAUCUGUCUCCGCCAAUCUCAAAUCGGUCGAGGAGCACUAACAUUAGCCCAGUGUUGUGGGAAAAACUGCAGUUACUUCUGACUUGUUUAAUGGGCUCAAAUAAGCUUGAAAAUAAGAACAGUGAUCUGCUGGUCCUUCACUCAUCACAGCGUUGCAGCAGCCCCUCCACUCCAAGUGGAAUGCUGUCCCCAGUGGGACAUGGCUCGGGAGAUGGGCAGCUGCACUGGGAGGACAGGCAGGGCCAGUGGCUGAGGAGACGGCGGCUGGAUGGAGCCAUCAACAGAGUCCCAAUGGGUUUCUACCAGAAAGUUUGGAAGAUUCUGCAGAAGUGCCACGGCCUGUCCAUUGAUGGAUACGUGCUGCCAUCCUCCACCACAAGAGAGAUGACCGAAGGAGAGAUAAAGUUUGCAGUGCAAGUAGAGUCUGUCCUGAACCACGUCCCUCAGCCGGAGUACAGGCAGCUGCUGGUGGAGACUGUGAUGGUUCUGGGUCUGGUGGCUGAUGUGGACGUGGCCAGCAUCGGUGGAAUUAUCCACGUGGACCGCAUUCUGCACCUGGCCAACGACCUUUUUCUAAAUGACCAGAAAUCCCUAAGCGCCAGCGAUUAUUUCCUCGAGAAGGACCCAGCCACUGGAAUUUGCAACUUUUUCUAUGACAGCGCCCCUAGCGGCAGCUACGGUACCAUGACUUAUCUCUCCAAGGCAGUGGUCACGUACGUCCAAGACUUCCUGCCAAGUUCUAGCUGCCUAAUGCAGUGAAGAAUCAGACUAUUAUCUGUUCCCCUGUUUGGUAACAGAAAGAUUCAUUCGAUCUUUUCAUUUGUACCUCCUGUGGUUUUCGUGACCUAUCCAGUAAACAGUAGCUCUCAUGUAAGAACGCAGCCCUGGCAGCUUGUACGAAGCUAAUCAUGCCUUUGGUUGUCUCCACUGUGAUUGCCAGAGCUGCUCAAAUAUGUGUUGGCAUUUUAAAGUCUUUAAAAAACAAAUUUGUAACAAUACAAGCACAGAUCUGUGCUUUUAGGUCAUUUAUAAACUAUUUAAAUUAUUUUAAUUUAACUUCAAAUGUUAGACUACUGAUAAGUAAUCCAUACUUGUGCAAUAUACUCAUCUCCACCAAAUCAAUUAUUUAUUUACUUCCUCAAUCAGUUUUGUUUUAUUUCUGCUUAGCACUUUUUUAAUUUUAUUGUUUUGGUAAGAGGAAGGGUGACUUAUAACGGUGGAGAUGAAUACAUUUAGUUAUCAUAGAACCUAGUUUUUUAAAGGGUUCUGAUUGAAGACUGCUGGAGUUGAAUGUUACCUCAUCUUCCAACUUUAUUUCAUUUGAAGGAUCAUGUUUUAUUCCUUACAAAAUCCUCCAGAAGGUAUUAAUUCAAAUGGAACAUAUAGUUUUGUUAUUAACAGCAGAUGGUAACAAGUUUAAUCAUAUUUUAUUGUCUUUUAAAUUAACUAUAAAGCAGGACAUCUGUGUUGAUUGCAUGCACCUUUGACUGUGAAUAAGCACCGACAGAUCCAGACUCUGGUGCAUUCUGUCUGAAUUAAACACUUUAACCCCCUGGA